CCUCAUGUAAUAAAUUCUCGAGAAAAGAGUCGGACUAUUGGUUUUCUUUUCCCCAUAUCUCUGGAGCGCGCGCGCUCUCUCUCUCUCUCUCUCUCUCUCUCUCGCGGCUCUAGGGUUUAUCUGACUGAUCAUCGUCCUGCCAGCCAAACGAUAAUCAUGGAUCUCUCCAAGAAGCGCAAAACCGACGAGAACGGCGCGGCUAUAGCAACCGCAACCAAUGGCGGCGACACAUCUCCGCAGCCAGCGACAACUCUCCUCAGCGCUGAAGAUGCCCGCAAGAUCCUCGAUCCCCUCACUCAAGACCAGCUCCUUGACAUCCUCCAAGCCGCCGUAACCCGCCACUCUGAUGUCCUUGACGCGGUCAGAUCCGUCGCCGAUCGCGAUCCUUCCCAGCGCAAGCUCUUCAUCCGCGGACUCGGCUGGGACACCACCACCGAGAAGCUCCGCCACCUCUUCUCCUCCUACGGCGAGCUUGAAGAAGCCGUCGUCAUCGUUGAUAAGGCAACCGGAAAAUCUAAAGGCUAUGGCUUUAUUACUUUUAAGCACAUCGACGGUGCGCUCUUAGCUCUGAAGGAACCUAGCAAGAAGAUCGAUGGUCGGAUGACUGUUACUCAGCUAGCAGCCUUAGGGGCAUCGGGGCCGGCGGCGAAUAUCACGAACGCGUCCGUAGCUGAUGUUUCAAUGCGCAAGAUUUAUGUGGGAAGUGUGCCCUAUGAUGUGUCAUCGGAUAGACUUCUUGGGCACUUCUUGUCAUACGGAGAGAUUGAAGAAGGGCCGUUAGGGUUUGAUAAGCAGACGGGCAAGUCCAGGGGUUUUGCGUUUUUCGUCUACAAGACUGAGGAAGGAGCGAGGGCUUCGCUUGUUGAUCCGAUUAAGAACAUUGAUGGACAUCAGGUAGUCUGUAAACUAGCUAUAGAUGGGAAGAAGGGCAAGCCCGGUAUGGCCAAUUCUGGGGUUGGCGAUGGUUCCGGAGACAGGACGGGCAUGCCUCCUCCAUCAUCAAUGGCAGGUCCUUUGAAUCCACAAUAUGGUGCUCCGCCAUAUGGAGGAUUUUCAGGUGCUCACCAGGGUCCGCCAAUGCUGAAUUCUCCAUUGCCAUCGUCAAUUGGUGCUCCAGGGUUGUCGGCUAUGGGCGGUAGUGGUGGUUAUGGUGCUGGUGUGGGAGGCACUUAUGGUGGUUCCCAGUAUGGUGGGCCUGCUUCAGGCGAGUUUGGUGGUUUGAACAAUGCAGGGUCUUCACUGUAUAGGUUACCUCCAAGUUCUGUUGGGAUGUCCUCUGGAGGAUAUCCUGAGAGUGGUAACUUUGGUUUAUCGUCAGCUUAUCCUGCUCCGCCCAAUCAGCCAUCAUCAGUGCCGAGGGUUCCUACCGGAGGGAUGUACCAGGGCAUGCCACCAUACUAUUGAGUUUAGAAUGGUCAUACAGAUAUGGUAGAUGCAGUAUCUCUUCGUGUUGAUUUCAGAAUUUAGAAUGGUGCUGUCAUAUGGUUAUAAUGGAUGCAGUAUUUCUUGCCUUUUCUCUUUGAUUUCGUUUGUUUUAGGGGAUAUCUAGUAGUUGUUCAGUGAUCCCCAACUAGGGAAAGCAGUGAAAUGGCAUAGGAAACAAACAAAGGCUAGAUAGCAGUAAUGAAUGCUUCCUGAAUUAGUAUUGAUGGGUAGCAUAGCUUAGUACUAACAGGUGUAGCAGAAAGUGGGAGUGAAUGUUACACAAUGAGAAGUUGAUAUGAUGGCCCUGAUUAUUUUUUUUACCCUGAACACAGCAUUUUCUGGAUAUUAUUAGAUUUUAUGUUUUAUUCCCCUAGCCCUUCCUAAUAAGAUUUUAAACAUAUAUUGGAGUCUUUAGUUUAGUUUACAGCAUUCUUCCAUAAUAAGGAUAGUGAGUUUUAUGUUGGCUUUAAAAUGCUAUCGAUAAGAAAAUUAUUUUCAUCACAUUUUGACCAUGAAUAUGAACAGAUCGCUUGUAAUGUGAUAAUGCUCCCCUUCUACUGACGGGAAAUGACUUAUGGAGUUUGUUGGAUCUCUUUCACCAGUACCUCAAAUAAUGAACACCAUUUGAACCUUGAAAAUACAUAUCACUGGCUUUAAUUGGAUAACAAGAGAAAGAUAUGUUGUGAAACUUAUGAAGUCUUGUGCCUAUUAUAGAAAUAUAGGUCACAUUGAAAACACUAGAGCUGAAUUUGGGAACACUGAUUUGAAAUGCUGUAUUUGUUGAAGUUUGCAUAAAUUCAAAUCUAAGCCUGUGAGCCUGUGCUCCCAGCCUCUGUAAAUGGACAUUUGUUAGUAUUUGUGAAUGAAAUCUGUUGGGGUGUCUGCUUUUAUCA